GCGUCUGCAUAUGCACAGCGCAAAGAUGGAGGUCGAACUACCGGAACUGUUGUUCUUCGACACAUUUUCGCACGACACGUACGAGCAAAAUCUGGAUCUGGUGCAGUUCCCGAAACCGGUCUAUAUUACUGAGGUGCGCAUCAUCCCGCUCGGCGCACGAGUCCAUGCCGACUUUCCGGGCGGUGUACGGUUGGGCGCUACCAACCCGUCCACCUUCCACAUACAGCUGUACGUGAACGAUCUCGGCAAACCGGGCGCACCGAUCUUCGAGAGUCUCGGUGAGCUCGAGUACAAUCAAAACAAUUGCAUCCACCUGCAAUGCGGCGGCGGCGGUGGCGCCGGCGGGCCGGGCACGGGACAGGGAGACGAGUUUGUGCGUCGCAUCCCGACCGAUGGGCUGGUGCUGAAGGGUUGGUACACCACGAUGACGCUUGCCGUGUACGGCAUACUGACGACAAACAUUGCCGAACCGAUUGUGUCACCGCGCGAAACAACGCCCCAACCGACCGAGCAGCUGCUGGUGGUGCCAGAUCACCACCAUCAUCAGCAUUUGCUGCACCACCAUCACCAUCUACACCAUCACCAUCUGCAUCAUCAUGGCGGAGGUGGUGGAGGGAUUGCAGAACCGACAUGUGGUGGGGGCGAUUGGAUACAGGAACCUCCGAUGCCGGGUUUGGUAACGACACACCCGGCCGAGACGGUGUUUGUGCAGAAGGAGUACCCGGAGGAUGACAGUGAGGAUGCACCGAAGGAUCCGAGACCGUACGCGAGACGGGUAGCGGCAGCAGCUGCGGCCGUUAUCGCCCAUCCACCGCUACCGGCGAGUGCGGCGAGUCCACCGGAACCGAUCUACGAACCACUGGAGGCGGGUAAAAUCCUUCCCGGUGAUUGUGAGCUAUCGAUACCGGAAAAGCGUCCUAAGGUAUGCUUACCUUCGGGGAGACCAGUAGAACCGGUGGCACCACCGUACGCCUACGAACGUUCACCCCGGCCCAGGCGGCACAGCAGCCGGGAAGAUUUUUCUUCCCGUUCGCCAAGUCUCUGCAAGGAUUACGGACCAAAGCAACAACGCGACCAAUGGUCACACAGUCCGGAUUAUGUGGAGCAACCGGUGCAACCUCCGUCCCACCCGCCACUGCCACCACCAACACCAUCGGUCGCUACAUCAUCGGGUUCGGUGGGGCAUCGCACAUCACGCCGGCUCCGAAGUGGUUCGUUCGAACGAAUGCGUCGUGAACCAUCGUUCGAGCGGAUGGAGAAGGAGGACCGGAGGCAUACGAUCCGGCCCCGUUCGCCCAUCGAUUCACCACGCCGGCCACGUUCACCCGAUCGGAAUGAAUCAUCACCGGAGGAGGAGGAAGAGGAUGAGGAAGAUGAGGAUGAGGAGGAAGAGGAGGAGGUGGUCGACGAUGUGGAUGACGUGGAGGAUGUAGAACUCGACGACGAUAUCGACAUGGACGGAAGCUUCCACCGGACGAACGGUGCCAAGUACGGUGGAAAGCAGCGUGGCAGUAUCCUCAUGAUGGAGCCAUCGAUUGAGCCACCCCGCAUGCAGCAGCAACAGCAGCAACCGCCCCAAUCGGUGAAGCAACAUCCAACAUCCUCUUCCUCCAAUCGCGGUUUGUCCCACUCACACCAUCAUUCACAUUCGCAUCAUCACUACCAACACGGUCACUCGCACCAACAUUCUUCCCAUCAUCACCAUCACCACCACCACCGCCACCAACACCAUCACCACCAACAGCAGCAGCAUCAACCGGAACGUGUUAUUUCUUCCCCACCACCCCCGGUGCAUCUACCACCUGCUGUUACGCUAACGCCCGUUGCAUCACCGACGACAAUCACGUUCACCACCGCACCGGACGACGAUGCCAUCUCCGUAACGGAACAGUUCGAACCGAUUUUGAGCGAUGAAGAAAUUCCGGAAGACUUCGACUUUGAGCCGGAAGGCAGCACAAUUGGAACGCCCGGAUACGACCCGAUCGAUGAGCCAGCGGUAAAACCCUUUGACCCGUUCAGCACAACGCUGGAUCGUUACGCACCGCCAGGCCGUACCGGUGAGCUGGUACACUAUCUGGGUCACGGCGAACAGAAAUUGGUACGCCAAUUUGAGCAGCUACUUGCUCAGGAACGGUACGGCCGCGAGGCGACCACUUCAUUCGAGCAGGAAUCCGCCGAAUGGAAGGAACGGUUCGUCGAUUACGCGGAACAGCUCGUGCACCUGUUAGGUCAACUCCUCUCGAAAGAUGACGUACGGGACGCCAUCCAUCAGCAACUCGAUCGUUGGAUACAGUCCGGUUGGGUAGGUGUUACCGAUCGGCUCGUUAACUGUGUCUGCAUCGGCUUAGACUUCCAGCGUGCGAUGGUCCAACCGCAACCGGCAUUCAAAUUACGCCACAUGAAGAGUGGCAUCCGGUUGGCAGAAUAUCUUGGACCGCACGAAUCCUUCAUCGGGCUGCUACUGCACACCCGAGACCAUUUCAAGCUGUUCGAUCGGCUGCUCGGCCUCUACUCGCAACCGCACAUGGCACUUUCGAUCAAGCUCAUGAUAGUGCGCACAAUUUACGCCUGUCUCGAUACACGCAAAGCGGUCCAUCACUUCCUUUCGCCGUCGUACAACGGGUACCAGCUGCUGCUCGAUCUGCUGCAGGAGAAUCCUUCGACACGGUUAAGCUUUGCGCUUAAGUCUUUGUUGCGGAAAAUUUCGCUGUACGAAAAUCUGGAGCUUAUUCGCAGUACCGUGGAGGAGCUGUACCUGCGUGCGGUCGUCUCAAAAAGCGAGGGUAAGGAGGAGAAGAAGCAAACUGAUCACGAUUUGCUCGAACUGUUGCGUAGUUCGCUGACGGAGCUGACGGGUGCGAUCUCGUUACACGAAGUCUCGCUAGCGCAACCAAAACGCUUCCUACCGGUGUCGGCCAAGUUCGAGAUACACAAGGACAUCUCAUCAUCCCUUAACGUAAGCCGCACGGUGGUGCAAUUUUUCAAAAUACAUCGUUUGGUGGAAUCGAUGGUCCUCCUGCUCGAUCUUCCGAUCACGCCGCCAGCACUGUGCGAGCUGAUAUACAAUCUGCUCGCGUGCAUGCUAAAAAGCAUGCCGAAACUUCGCUACCUGGUGGACAGCCUGCCGUGCACGAAUUUACUAUUACGCUGGCUUUUCCAACGGCUACCGCCCGCAACGAAUGGUGGAUGUGGUGGUGGGGUGUUGAGUGACACGCCCAUCACCGAACUAGCCCGGCCGCACCUGUUGGGUGUAGAGUUGGUGUACAAAGUAAAGGCCAUUUACCAUCUGGAUGCAAUCGCUGCCACUUGUGUGGGACCGCGCGGCAAUGACAGCGCAAUAGCUGCCGCGAGAAGAAACGACGAGCUGGAGGAGGAGCGGGAUCGUUUGGUGGACAAUUUGCACGCCCUGUACGAGCUAGCGUGCGGUCCGGGACGACGGUUCGUGGUGGAGGUACUCUCGAUGGACGACAAUCUGGCGAUACUGCUCGAACGGAUCGAGCGAGAGCAACGGUCGCCAGGCGGAAAGGAUGAAGGAGGGCCAAUGACCAUCGGAGCGGCUACCAAGCACAAAUCCCCUAUCGUCGGUUAUUGCGUCGAUUUGGUGGAUUGUACCGUGCGGCAUGGUGAAGCGGUCGGUUACCUUGCCCAGCAUGGGCCAGCAUUGCUCGCCCUCGCCAAGCAGCACGAACAGUUUGAGCCGAGCGUUAGUGCAACUCUGCACGAACUUGCCGUCUAUUUGAAACCGCUCGAGCUGCACGAUCUGUUUGCGUACAUCGAGAUUGGCCCUCUGGUGGAGUUGAUGCGACGAAGUCUCGAGUACGUGACAGCAUUCCCGGGCGAUCUAAUCACAGCACUCCGGUUGGUACGACUGCUCGGUAUACCGCCGUACGACGAUUACGAGCAGCCGGGCGGGCACGCGGAGUUUAAGUACAAGUACACGCUGCUCCAGUUUUACUCGGCCGACGGGCAGGUACUGCUGCUGAGCAUACUCGACAAGCUGACGCACCAUUUUGAUCAGCCCGCAAUACACACGUCCAGCCUGGCAAGCCAACAGGGCGUCCUGUUGACCCAGCUGCUCUGUCCGCUCGUCUAUAUCCUGCGCAAACUUGUCACCAAUCUAAUCGAGUGUCGUAAUACUGAGUUCCGGGAUCUUACGCUAAUCGAACCACUGUUGCGCACGUACACGCUGAUGCAGUGUGUCCCGAUCACAUCGGCGGCAGGGCCCGAUGCACGCCAGGUGCAGCGCGAAACGGUCCGUAUACUGCUCGCGUACACGCAACCCACCCCACCGGAAGGGCUCGACACGAACAACGUGCACAAAAGUCUCUGGACGCAGAUGGUCGGCGAGCUGGUACGGUUUACACUCGCUGGCCCUAACUACUUCCUGCCCGGGUUGCUGGUACUGUCAGAAUUGUUACCGCUUCCGUUACCGAUACACUGCCGGCAACCGUUGCUCCCCGCCGAGCUCGGUCGGCUCAUCCAGGAACGGCAACUCUGGUCCGCUCAUCUACACCCACAGAGUCCGGCGAUCGGCGAGCUCAUACAAACGCUCUGCACGUCAAGCUACACACCGUUGCUAGCCGUGCUGAGUCGCGUCUGUUUGCAGCUGUCCGAUCUUGCCCCGAACAUGACGCUGCUGAUCUCCAAAUCGUUAGCCGAUCUUAUCGUGCAGGAACCACUGCUGCCGGGCGGUUUGGCAAGCACCAGCCAUGCCCGGCUGGUAAGCUUUCUCGCAACGCUCGUGUGCCAUGCGUCGGUCAAGAUUUCCGUCCUGUCGAUACUACCCGGACGCAUUAUGGACAUGCUGAUGGGCGUGCUGCUCAACGGAGGACAAACGCCGGCGCACCAACAAACACAACAACACAUCUAUCUGACGUUCCAGAGCCUGUUCGAUGCGGACAUUGCGCUCAUGUUCGGCGACAGUAUCGAUCCGGCAUUGCAGCUAGCAUGCUCGCUGCCACCGAAGGACAUCAUUGAAACGUUCUGUGGUGCGUGUGCGGUCAACGUGUCCUGUGCGGAUAUUAGCGUCGGUGUGCUGACCGCUGCACUGCGCACAAUGCUGUUGCUGACUGAGCAUGACACCACCUUCGUCAUACUGAUGUCGAAUAUGACGCGCAAACGGGAUGGAUGGUGUGCCGUAUUGAACAAGUUUUGGCGCAAAGCAAAGGAAAGCCCGCACACGUACAGGGCACUGUUCGCACUGCUAGCCGAAUUCUGGCGAUCGCUCGUGGCGCUUGAAACCGACGGUUGUGUGAAUCUGCCACGGCGCACCAUUAAACUACCACUGGAACAGCUCGGUCAGCUGAUGCCACUGUACGAGGACAGCGCGGAAGAGGUGCUCUCACCAAUGCUUUCGUUUGUCGAAGAAUUGAUUGCACUUUUUAAAGAGCAUUCGAAGAAGGAUUCGAACGUAGAGCUAAAUGAUGGUGAUUCCUCGGACGCCACCGGCGGACCGAUGGAAAGUAGUACACCAUCAGCCACGAACACAGUGGACAGUUUGAGUGAUAAUCUUAGCUUCCUGCUGCAACAAAUACAGAUGGCACUAGCGGUCCCAGGAGUGGACCCGUCCAAGCAGUCAGCCCCGACACCGAUCGACUGGAACACGGUCACGGUCGAUCCGUUGCCACAGGCGGAAGGAAUCGUAACGCAGUACGGUUCGCGAAGCGUUUACCUGCUGACCGAGAACUGCGAGGAACAGUUGAAGGCAACCGAUUGGCUUGGUUUUACGCCGUCCGACGACGAUCUGGAGCGGGAACAGAUCCCGUGCGACCUGCAGGAUUUGGCCAAAGUGUGCCUGUCCGGUGACACGAACCUAACGGCGGACUGUAAACGGUUGCUGCAUCUGUCCGCAUCGCCCCACUCUAACCGGGACCGACUAACGACGGCUCCCUGCUUCCGAACUCGGCGUGUCGAAGUUGAACCAAGCACCGGCCGGCCAGAGAAGAAAAUUUUCGCAACGCCAUUGCGUGGCCGUGGCUUUUCACGUACACCCACCACCCGGGGCGAUCUGUUCCGUUCCCGACCGCCAAACACUUCCCGGCCACCCUCACUGCAUGUGGAUGAUUUUCUGGCACUGGAAACGUGCGGCGCACAACCGACCGGACCUACCGGGUAUAAUAAGUUGUCGCGCGAUAUCAUCACGAUACGCGGCACCAAUCGUAGCCGUGGCCGCAACUUCCCCGACCGGGGAGCACGUGCCGGUGGUGUUGGAGGAGGAGGAGGAGGAAGUUCUAAUGGGGGAAGCGGUGGUUCCGGUGGUAGCGGCGGCGGCCACUGGCAAAACACGUCCAGCGGCAGUAGCGGUGGCAAUGGGGGUGGCAAUGUUGGCAGUGGGGGUGGUGGUGGUGGCAGUUCCAACUGUUGGUCCUCCUCGUCCGGGUCGUCCCAGAUGCAUGAUGGUGGUGGUGUCGGUGGUGGAAGUGGCGGUGGUGGACCAGGCGGUGGCGGCGGCGGCAGCAAACACUUUGGCCAUAUACUAUCCGGUGGAGGUGUUGGGCCGAACGGGGCCGGCGGUGGCAGUGGUGGUGGUGGUAACAGUGGCCACUAUCGAGAACCACCCAGCCAUUUUGGUGGUUCGCAACGGCCACGUUCCGGCCGUGGAUUCAACCGUUACAGUGUGCGGGUCUAUGGACGACAGAUUUGAA